AUGGCGGAUAAGGUGGACGAAAAGACUCUACAGCAGACUGCGACGUGGGCCGUCGCGGUGGUUUGCGUAUUCUUGCUUGUAAUUUCUAUUGUCAUCGAAAAGCUACUUCACAAAAUUGGAUCCUGGCUAAAAAGGAAGAACAAGAAAGCUCUUUAUGAAGCUCUUGAAAAGGUCAAAGCAGAGCUUAUGCUGAUGGGAUUCCUAUCACUACUGCUAACAAUUGGACAAAAGUACAUAGCACAAAUUUGCAUCCCAAAGAGCAUUGCAGAAUCAAUGCGCCCUUGCAGUGCAGCAGAAUUGGCCAAAUUUUACCCUCCUAAAGGUAAGAGCAAGGAAGGAGGAGGAGAAGAAGAAGAAGAAAACACAACUCGAAAGCUUCUGGAGUUAGCUGAAACUUUCAUUCCUCGAAGGAGCUUAGCUAAAGGUUAUGACAAGUGCGCAGAUAAGGGACAAGUCGCUUUUGUAUCGGCUUAUGGGAUGCAUCAGCUUCACAUAUUCAUCUUUGUGCUUGCGGUUACUCAUGUCCUCUACUGCAUUGUUAUCUAUGUUUUGGGGAAUACCAAGAUGAGAAUUUGGAAGAAGUGGGAAGAGGAGACAAAGACAAUUGAAUAUCAGUAUUCUCAUGAUCCUGAGAGGUUUAGGUUUGCGAGGGACACAUCUUUUGGGCGUAGACAUUUGAAUUUCUGGAGCAAAUCGACUAUUACGUUGUGGAUUGUAUCUUUCUUCAGACAGUUCUUUGGUUCUGUAACCAAAGUUGAUUACUUAACACUGAGACAUGGUUUCAUCAUGGCUCAUUUGGCUCCCGGGAGUGAUGCAAGAUUCGAUUUCCGUAAGUAUAUUCAGAGAUCAUUAGAGGAAGACUUCAAAACCAUUGUUGAGAUCAGUCCAGUGAUCUGGUUCCUCGCUGUGCUCUUCCUCCUUACCAACACAAACGGAUUGCAUUCAUUCCUCUGGCAACCAUUCAUUCCUUUCGUCGUGAUUCUUAUCGUUGGCACAAAACUUCAAGUGAUAAUAACAAAACUAGGACUUCUAAUCCAAGAGAAAGGAGACGUAGUGAAAGGCAUGCCUCUUGUGCAGCCCGGUGAUCAUCUCUUCUGGUUCGGUCGUCCUCGCUUCAUCCUCUUCCUCAUUCACUUAGUCCUCUUCACGAACGCAUUUCAGCUAGCUUUCUUCGCUUGGAGUACGUAUGAGUUCAAGCUCAAGAACUGUUUCCACAAAAGCAAUGUAGAUGUUAUCAUCAGAAUCUCAGUAGGAGUCAUCGUACAGAUUCUCUGCAGCUACGUUACUCUUCCUCUCUACGCUCUCGUUACUCAGAUGGGAUCGAAGAUGAAACCUACAGUGUUCAACGAGAAAGUAGCAACAGCGUUAAAGAGUUGGCACCACACAGCUAAGAAGCAGAUGAAACACGGAAGAAACUCGGAAUCGACGACGCCUUUCUCUAGCAGACCAACGACGCCGACGCACGGAUCUUCUCCGAUUCAUCUCCUCCGGAACCACAAACGGAGCAGAAGCGCCGACGAGAGCUUCGCGAACUCGCUGUCUCCGAGUCCGAGGAGGAACUCCGAUUUCGAUUCGUGGGAUCCUGAGUCUCAACACGAAGCUUCUUCUUCAACGAAUCCUCAUCAUCAAUCUAGGUUUAGAGAAGAAGACGAAUCGGAGAAGAAGCCUUCUUCAUCGUCUGUUGACCUUCCUCCGAUAAGAACACAGCAGCAUGAGAUUGCUUUAAGCUUGAGGGAUUUUUCGUUUAAGCGAUGA